AUCGAUGGCCUCGCAGGAAAUCGAAUUCAGUUCCAUCACCAGCUUGUGUUGUUUGUUUUUUAUUUUCAAUUAAAAUCCGCGAUCAUACGCAGCAGCAGCAGCAGCUGCAUUGUUUGUUUACCAGCCGUCGUAACACCAGCCAACUGAAUUUCGUCCGCGGAGAUGGGAAACGCGAGUGGCAAGCGGGAGACGGAUAGUCUCUACAACUCGGAGGAGCUCCGCAUGCUGGAGUCCGCCUACAAAAACGCCUCUGGCGGAGCACUCGAGAAGUUGACGCAAGACAGAUUGGUGGAAACUUGGUCGCAAACCAUCGAAAGAUCCCUGGCCGAGAGUACGGCUCAGUAUCUGUUUAUGCCCACGAAGCCAGGUCAGCAAUGCGUCAACCUUCAGCUGAAGAGAUUCGGGGAGCCCUACUACAUCAUGGAACGCGGAACUAUUGACCAGAAAAUGCAAAUGCUAUUGGGCUCGAUGGAGAGAACUGGAAAUGACACCUUCAACAGCAAGCAAUUGGAGCAGUAUAUCUACUCGGUGAUCAAGAGCUACGUGCACUUGGAGAGCACAGCGAAAAACUCCGGCAUCAAGGAGUGGCAUGAUCAGGGCUUCAACACCACGGAGAGGUCCGCUGCCACCUUUGCCAAGGGAUUGAUGAGAAAUCUGGGCAAGGAGCUGGAGCACACUAUGCCGAAUGAAGCCCUGGAACGCUGGUUGCACGUCACUCCGCAGUUUCUGCAGAUUUGGCGCGAGGUCUUCAGCCAGCUGUAUUGUCGCCAUGGUGGCAGCAAACGCAACAUAAUCAAGGAAAUGGAAAUUCCAAUUCUGCCAGCAUUGUGUGAUGCUCCGCAAAAUAGUCAUUAUCGCCCAAUCAUCGAACUACCUCACGUGUUGUACAUCAAUGCCCAGUUGCCCCGCGAGCAUCGGCACAAAUGGCGCUUUCUUUUCUCAUCGAAAAUCAACGGAGAAAGCUUCUCGACGAUGCUGGGAAAAGUCCUGGACAAGGGACCCACGUUAUUCUUCAUUGAGGACGAGGAUCAAUACAUAUUUGGCGGCUACGCGUCCGAAUCGUGGUCGGUGAAACCCCAAUUUGGCGGCGAUGACAGCUCAUUGCUCUACACCUUAAGCCCUGCCAUGCGGUGCUUUUCGGCCACAUCUUAUAACAAUCACUAUCAGUAUUUGAAUUUGAAUCAGCAGACUAUGCCGAAUGGCCUGGGCAUGGGCGGUCAGUUUGAUUUCUGGGGCCUUUGGAUUGACUGCAGUUUCGGCGAUGGACAGAGCGUUGAAAGUUGCACUACAUAUCGAGAUUAUGUGCAGUUGAGUAAACGAAAGCAAUUCAAAAUCCGAAACAUGGAAGUUUGGGCCGUGGGAGAUUUACCCGUAAAAGAAGAAGAAGAAGGCGAGGGUCAAAAACGCUCGGUGCUGGAUGGAAAUUUGGAAGAUCGCGCAAUGUUGGAAAUCGCGGGCAAGAAAAUGCAUUCGGAUGGCUUGCGUGAGCCCGGCAUGGAUGAUUGAUAUUAUAUGAAACUAUUUGAGGAGAAGGCUUGGUUUUAUCCUCGAGAAUUUGUGAGACCAUGCCCAUUUUGGGUGUGCAGUUAAUAAUUCAAUUCAGUUUCCUUAGCUUUUUGCAAUCCCUAUCGAACACACAGAAAAAGUCCUGCGAACAAAAGAGUAUUUGUUCAAUCCAUUCCUAUAAACGUUUUUGUUUAGCUAUUAAUGUUUAUAUAUACAAUGUAUAAUGGAUAUAGUUUAUGUAAUACUGAGAGUAUUGUUGUUGCGUUUUAGAUCUUAAAGUGUGAACAUGAAAUCAUUUAAGUGAUGUAACAAAGAAGCAAACAUAAUAAGCAAUGUUAAUUCGUCGAAUUUUUCCCAUUUUUAUCCUACGUCAAUAAAAUGCAAAAUAAUUGCUGAAUUU